GUCUCUGGAGGCCCACUGGCCAUUUCCCAGGACCCCCUAGGAAGAAGAGAGGUUGGCUCUUUUUCUUACUCCUCAUCACACCUUACACAUGGCCCCAACACCAUUCUUCAGCAAGCCCACCUAUCCUGAAGCCUAGGAGAUUUUGCUUUCCCUGACUCCCCUGUUUUAGCACCUUGGCUAAAACCCUCCAGGACCCUCCAGCAUUACUAGAUGACGCCAAGCUGUGGGUUCAAAGUCCCCCUUGCUUGCUUUUCCAUGGCUCCCUUCUACCACCCACUUUGCCACUGACUUUGUACGUGUUUCCAUCACUGCUUUUAUUACGCCGUAUUGUAGUAUGUUUCUACGUCUGUAUCCCCUCCGAGACUGUGAGUGCCACAAGAGCAGCACUGAUUUGUCUUUGCUGCCCCAGGACCUAGCACAAUCAGGCCCAAAGCGGGUGCCCAAUAAAUGUCUGUUGAACAGAAUGGAGUGGACUCAUCCUUAGGGACUUGAGGGAGUCACCUCCACUCUGAUUUAGACAUCAACACACAACUGUAUUAUUUCCAAAACUUAAACUUAGAACUUCCCACCAUAGGACCUCUGCCCCAUGCUCUCAUUCCUGCAAAACCCUAUCUUAGCCAAGAGACUUUGGAUGCCAGCAACAGAAAUCCACUCAUACUAACCCAAAUUUUAUUAAGAGAGGACUUGUGGAAACCCAGGAAGAGCUGAACCAUCAGACCUCAGGAAGGGCAGGAUGGGGGCAGCCCUGGAAGCUUCAGUAACAAGAGUUUAUGGGCCUUUAUUAACCUUCAUGCUCUGCCAAGAGUCUCUCUGACUCAGCUUGACUCCCUCCACAGGGCAACUGUGAACCACUUGGGUCCUUGAGACCAUGGGGUCCUCGGCCACUCACUCACUAGGUGGCCCAAUUCUAAAGUCCAGGGAGAGGAACUAGCCCUUGGAUCCUCCUCUUGGGGAGGGUGUCCAUCCUGUUCCAAUGAGUUAUGGAUGAAGUGGGGAUGGGGAAGCAAAAUUCUGUGGUCUCUUCAGAGCUACUCCCUUCAAUUGCUCUGUGCAGCUCUGAUUAAGCCAGAAUAGGAGGUUGAGUGCUAGUGACACAGAGCCCGGGUGUGGGCCUGGCUAACUUACUCUCACUGGAACCUCUUGCCUUUUCCCCCCUCCAACUUCCCUGAGCCAUUGGUGCCCAUCUGCUUCCCAGUCCAGCAUGUGUCCCUGGUGGGGUCCUGCAGCUGUCCUUUUUCAGGCUGCUUGGGCAUGUGCUGUAAAUGAAUGGCCUCAGUGGAGGCUGCUGCAGCUUGCAGGCGGUGCACUGGCUGGUUAGAGGUGGCUCUGCAGGUGCUGGAUUGGGAGCCAGGAGGAUUGGGGAGACAGACCAGCAUAGAGGUGAGCUGGAAGUGGGCAACACAGUCUGGGGCUUCUCCCCUAAGCAGACAGAUCGAGCAAGAGGAAGCAGAACAGGAGUCUAGGUGGGUAAGUCAGGGGCAGCAAGCAGAGGCUUGGGCAGUGAGCCUGUAGGAAAUUAGGUCUGCAUCUCCCAGUAGAGCUCUGUCAAAGGUCCCCCACCACCUCGUGCUGGCUGAAGCCCACAACCCCUCUGGUCUCCCUGCUGGAUUUUUCCAGGGCCUCUGACACUGUGCACUGGGCCCUUUUGUAACACUCUUUCUUGGGCUUUCAGGACACCCAACCCCCCACCUCUCCCCUGCAAUCCCCCGAAAUAUUGGAUGUUUCUCAUCCAACAUCCUUGAAUGAGCCAUCGUGUUCUCUUCCACAGGCUUAUGAUUCAGUCUUCUCUCUGAAAAAGCUAGCAUAGGGUAAGAGAUUGGGCUCUGCUGUUUGCUGGUGUGUGACCUCUGUCAACUUACUUAACUCUUCCUAAGCUUCCAUUCUCUGGACUGUGCAGUGGGGGCUGUAAGAGUCCCUGCUUCUUGAGGGUUGUUACAGGGAAUAAAUACAUGCACGUGUGUGAAACGCUCACUGUGGGGUCUGGAGUGUAGUAAGUAGUCAAUGAAUGUCAGAUGCUGUUACCGUCCCUCUCACGGUCUCCCUAAGAGACUCCCCUCCCCUCAUUUCAGCUUUCUUCUAGACAGGUGACCUCCAAAUCUGAAUGUUCAGUCGGCGUUCCAGAUUUUCACCUGCUUGUUGAGAGGCAGUGCGGGGCUGAGGAAAGAGCCUGGGCUCAGGAGGGGCUGAUAAGGACUUGAGUCCUGUUCGGUACUCACAUCCAUGGACUUCACAGCACUCACAAAGUGACUUCAUCUGAACAUCUGCUCACUCUCAUCCAUGAGAAGGAUAAUGAUACCUGCUGCUCUGGAGUUGAAUGAACUUUGCCAUGUCUGUUUCCUCCAUGGCACUUACCGUGCUCUAUAAUUAUAACUCUCUCCAUGCUCUCUCCCAACCAGAAGAAGAGGAAAGUCCUUGAGAGUAAGAGACUUGCCUUCUUGCCCACUCCUCUGUUCCUUGCCCCAGCACACUCCUGGCACAGGCUCAAUGACAUUAGUCUUUCAUUCACUUUCUCUCCUCUAUUCCAUUGACUUCUCAAAAUCAACAUGUACCAAACCAAACAAAUCUUCAUUUCCUUGCUUGACCUGACCCAUUAAUUUAAUAAACAUUUAUUAAGUGCCAAAUAUAAGCCAAGCACAGGGCUAAGGGCUGGGACAGACAAAAGAUAGAUGAGACAUUGUCUCAUUUAUGGAAAUGUUCACUCUCUACUAAGGAGACAGAUAAUGACCCUGGAGCAUAGUAUUAGCAAUAAUAGGGAUACAGACACUUCACAGGGAGCCCCAAGCACAGAGAAGGAACAACCUUUCCAACUGUAGGAGCUGGCAAAGACUUCUCAGAGGAGGUGACAAUUGCCCUGGGUGUUGAUUAAAGAGUGGGAAUGUUCAGGCAGAGAACAUUGCCAGAUGGAGGGUAGAGUGUCGGCAGGGGCAUGAACGAACAUGGCGCAUGUUCAGCUGUUACGGAGGGUUUGAAGGGAGGAAGUGAGCAUGGAAGGCUGAGACCAUUUUCCCACAUUUUUUAAAAUGGAAAAUUUCAGAUACAUACAGAAAUAGAGAAAAUGGUAGAAAAUCCACCUCCAUGUGCCCAUCAUCCAGCUUCAACAAUGAUCAAUUCAAUGGCCAAUCUUGUUUUAUUUAUAUCCCUACCCACUAGAUUCCCGUCCCACUAUUCUGAUACAAACCUCAGACAUUGAAUCAUUUUUCAUAAAUACUUCAAUAUUUUGAAAAGAUUAGAUAUACCUUUUUUUCUUCUUACAAAUGAGUCAUAGUAUACUCUAACUCCGCAACUUGUUUGAAUUUCAUCCCAGCCAUCUAUCUGGCGCCUGCACUGUAUCGGGAUAUAAAGAAUUGCUUCCCUCUUUUAGGAAGCUACUGAGUGUUCCAUUUGUGAAUAUACCAAAGCUAACCUCGCUAGUCCCCAAAUGAUGGGCAUUUGGGUUGCUCCCAAUCUCUUGAUAUCAAAACAAAGCUGAGAGAAUACCCUUGAACAUACAUCUCUGUCUACCCAUGGGCAUGUCUAUAAGGUAAAUUCCUGGAUGUGGAAUUGCUAGGACCUUGUACACUUCGAAUUCUGAUAGGUGCUCCCUGUUUGGCUCAAGAGGUGCUUUGAAUAAUAUGAUGAGGAUGCCUUUUCUCUGUUUUCCAGGCUUGCGACAUUUCAGAGACCUCCUCUGUCCCUUCAUUUAAUCAGUCAUAUAUCCUACCAACUCAACUCCUCCCAGUCUGACCAUCUUUCUCCCUCCAUUCCCACUGCUGUGGUCCUGGCUCAGGCCUGCAUCCCUUCUCACCAGAACAGUUGCAGCUGCCAACUGAGAACGUAUUCUAAUCACCUGCCAGAGCAAAAAUCCUAAAACGGAACUAAAUCAUUCUUCUGCUCAAACACCUAUGUUGGAGUCUCACCGUGUAAAAAUUGAAAAAUCCAACUCCUUAGCUUGUCUUCCAGUGCUUUCCAGGUUGUCCCCAACUUCUCCCUCAUUCCUCACACACCUUAGGCUUCACUGAAACUGGACUCUGGUGCCUUAUGUGGACCCCCAGCUCACCGUUUCCCUCUUUUCUCAUAGUGGAAAUCUUGCUUUUCCUUUAAGGUAGACUCAAACCCCAUCUCCUCCACGAAUCCACGCAGUGUAGGACCACUAGUGUUGGACAGGUUGACUUGGAUUCUAAUCCGGACUCUCUUCUGGGGGAUGUCACUCAAUCUUUCUCAGAUUCAGAUUUUCAUCUGUUAAAUAAAGACAAAUACACCAACCUUGCAAGGUUGCUGUGAGGAUUAGGGAUAAUGGGCAUAUAGCAUGCACUCACUAAAAGGUAAUUUUGACUAUUUCCGUGGUCACUAUAACCGUCCCACCGUACUUGGUUUGGAGCCCCUCGUUCUACACCGGCAGCAUUUGCUUUGUUACAGCUGGUUGUGGACAAGACUGUUUUAACCACUAGACUGCAAGCUCGCUGUGGGCAGGGCUCGUGAUUCAUCCCAGGACCUCCCAGCGCCUGGCGGAGAGGCUGCAAACCUGUGAAGAACGAGACAAACGUAGAAUAAGAUACACACAUGGAAGGAAAACAGACGCACGCGGAGAGCGGCUGGAAGGCAGCCGGGAGCACAGCGGGCGGAGCCCGGGCAGGGGGCGGGGCCUGGGCCUGGGGGCGGGGCUUGGCACGGACCCCGCCCCGGUCCGUCCGCGAACGUGCUCCGCUGGCGCACGCCGCGUGCAGCGUCGACCCCUGCGCUGCCUCCAGGCUCCUCCCCGCGCGGCGGAUCCAGUGCGGGAGCCGAAAUGCGCCCCCUGCUCGGCCUCCUCCUGGUCUUCGCUGGCUGCACCUUCGCCCUGUACUUGCUGUCGACGCGACUGCCCCGCGGGCCGCCAGUGGGCUCCGCCGAGGACACUGGAGGCAGAACGUUCUAGCUGGUGCUUUGUUUGGGCCAUGGCUGGGGCUUCUGCUGUGCUGUGUGUUGACCUCAGUGGGUGCCACAUGCUGCUACCUGCUCUCCAGCAUUUUUGGCAAACAGCUGGUGGUCUCCUACUUUCCUGAUAAAGUGGCCCUGCUACAGAGGAAGGUGGAGGAGAACAGAAACAGCUUGUUUUUUUUCUUACUGUUUUUGAGACUUUUCCCCAUGACGCCAAACUGGUUCUUGAACCUCUCAGCCCCGAUUCUGAACAUCCCCGUCGUGCAGUUCUUCUUCUCUGUGCUGAUCGGUUUGAUCCCAUACAAUUUCAUCUGUGUGCAGACAGGCUCCAUCCUGUCAACCCUUACCUCUCUGGAUGCUCUUUUCUCCUGGGGAACUGUCUUUAAGCUGUUGGCCAUUGCCCUGGUGGCCUUAGUUCCUGGAACUCUCAUUAAAAAAUUUAGUCAGAAAGACCUGCAUUUGAAUGAAACAAGCAGUGCUAAUCAUCUAAAUAGUAGAAAGGACACGUGAUCUGGAGUUUUUGGUUGCCACGUCCCUGGACUCUGUUAUAGUUUAUUUGUGUAAUGAGUGUGGUCCUCUAAAGCCCCUCAUUGUUUGUUAACUAUUCUCGACAGGUGAUUUGGACUGUUCCUGUGUGUGCAGUGUCUUGUCGUAAAGGACACUCUGCUCUAGAAGAUGAAUUAGAUCAGGUUCUCAAACGCGUCCUGACUUAAGAGGAUACUCUGCGAAAUGGAGGGCCUUCUAGAAAUCCUGUUUAUAUUUUACCGAGUAACAAGGAACUCAGGAUAGUCUGUUGUAUUUGCCUCCCGCCAGCCCUGAGCUGCCUUGGGAGAGCACGCCGAUUUGCCCUGAGCUGCCUUGGGAGAGCACGCCGAUUGUCCAGAGUGCCACAUCUGCAGAGUGAUGGGCUGUUGUGACAGUGUUCUCCUGUUAAGUCCCUGGCGGAUGUUAUUAGUGUCAAUGAUGACAUGUGAACCCACAUCGCUGACAUCACUCUUCACCUUGUUAGUCUCUUAAUUGUGUUUCUUUGUACUUUUUUGCUGAUGACCUACCUCAUCCAUAAACCAAGGGAAAUAAGCUGAGGAACUGCAUAGAACUUCCACAUACAGCUCAAAUGCACAAUGAUUUCUGUGAUGCUCUUUGUGUUCAGACACAGUGAUGUUACCAUGUAUCUCACAUCUAUUCUUUGUUGCAUGUCCUGACCAUUAAGCUGAUUGCAAACAGACUAUUAAAUAUGAAUGGAGCAACCUCUGUAUGUUACGGAUAUGUUCUGGAGAAAUUCUUACCCAUCUGGAAAGGGCAGAGCCAGGCCCUUCACUCACUGAACCAAAUGGGGGUGAGGAGGUGGCCAACUGGACUUGAAAUAUGUGGCUCUGUGUGUCCUGGAGUAGAUAGGGAAGGUGACAUGAGAGCUUUUCUACACUAUUGCAAGUGUGUGUCCUUUGCCCUUUAUCAGGGUUCGUAGAUUUCUCUCUCUCCCUCCUCUCCCAUGAUUUUGCAACAACGUGCCUUAUCAGUUGUGAGUUUGCAGGCAAAGCAGUUUCCCAAAUAAAUGGAUAUAAAUGUUC